AUGCGAAUGACCACGCUAAGCCGCGCAGUUACAUUGGGCCUGCACGUUUACGGCGUCUGGCCUUACGUACCGUCUACCAUAUUGUUCCGAUUCUACUGGAUCGUGAUGCUCAGCACGGCUCACGUUUUUCAAUAUCGAUAUUUGAUAAUAAAUGUUCAUACAGACGACUUUUCCCAAGUUAUAGACGGAAUGAGUAGCACACUGGCGUCUACUUUGCUUUUUAUCAAACUCGUUAUUUUAUGGAUCAAUCAACGAAUAUUUUUCGAUAUCGUACAAAUUAUGACUACGGAUUGGCAAGACUACAACUCGAACUACUAUAGUUCUCACGUGUUGACAAAUACAGCAAAUCUUGCACGCUGCACUUCGAGGUGGAUUAUCGGCUUGCAAGUGGCUGCCAUAAUUUUUUACAGUACCGGUGUUCUUGCCGCUAACGUAAUUAAUCCUGAGAAGAUAGAACCGCACGCGCGAGAACUUAUUCUCAAGAUGGCUUUGCCUUUUAACAUUAGUACGGAAUCUAUUUACUUGAUGGUUCAGUCAGUUCAAUUUUAUCAUUUGCUGUUGCUAGGUUUCGGCAUGACAAUCGUUAAUUCAUUUUUACUCACUUUGAUACUUCACGUCGGUGGCCAAAUCGACAUUCUUUGUGAAUGGUUGACAAACGCUUUCUCCAGAAAUGUACCACGUUCAUCAGAAGAGAUCACAAUGCGAUCAAUAAUCACAAAGCAUCAGCAGAUUAUUUUAUUUGCAGAAAAUGUUGAAAAUCUCUUCACGUACAUAGCGCUAAUGCUGCUUGUAUCAGACACGUUUAUCAUAUGUUGCUUAGGAUUUGGUAUUGUUAUCUCUCUUGAUGCGCCCGAUGUUGCUACAAUUUUAGUUAAGUCUAUAUUAUUUUACAUCACGAUGAAUCUUGAAGCUUUUAUAUAUUGUUUCGCUGGCGAAUAUUUGAGCGCCAAGAGUAAGAUGAUCGGUCAUGCAGCGUACGAUUCUGUUUGGUAUGAGUGUUCGAUCAUGAAUAGUCGAAGUAUAUUGGUCGUUAUUUUAAGAUCACAGAAAACAUUGACAAUCACAAGCGGAAAGAUGAUGGACUUGUCGUUAGAACGUUUUGCUACUGUUAUAAAAGCAUCGGCGUCAUACAUAUCGGUGCUCUUAGCAAUGUACUGA